AAAUAAAGUUUACCUUUACUUUUACCUUUACCAAUUAUUAAGCAGGCUUUUGAUACCACGACUAUGGCAUCAACCGAUAAAGAUUAGAUUUACUGAGCCAUCAAAAUGUAUGUAUUGGAAAGUGCUGGAAAGUGUUUUGAGCCACCUAAAAUCCUUUGCAAAUUUACUUUUUCAGAAGAGUGUCGUCUUUUGGAAUUUAGAGCGGCCCAAGUAUUAGAGGGUAAACGUCUGAUAAACCACGUGAUUCGCAUCGCUGAAACCAUGGAUCAGGAAUUUUGUGGUGCGCUGUGCUUCAUGGAACAUAAUUGUGUCAGUUAUAAUUAUAUAACAACAAGUGAAAUUGGAAAAUGCGAAUUAAAUAAUGCUACGUACGAAGGACACCAGAAAGAUCUGCAGGAAAAUCCGGACUAUGUAUAUCGGGGAGCAAAAAAUCCUUGUGCCAGUGGCCCUUGCUCUGGUGAAAUGAUUUGUCAAACCGGUUUUACACACAGAGGAUAUCGUUGCAUUUGUCCCUCAGGAUUUACGGGUCAGGACUGUAAGACUGACAUUGAUGAGUGUGCUGCAGAAACAUUCAGUUGUGACGCAGAUGCUGAGUGUAGUAACACCAAUGGGUCUUAUACAUGCUCUUGUAAGCCUGGAUAUCAUGGAGAUGGGAAGAAUUGUGAAGAUGUCGACGAGUGUAAAGGAGGAACACACAACUGCACCGCUGAUGCUCUGUGCAACAAUACCAAGGGAUCGUUUAUUUGUUCUUAUUCGACUUGCAAAGAACUUUAUGACGGGUUUUUGACCAAGGAAAACAAAGCCUACCAGCUGAAAGUGGGAUCCAAUGAAAUCCAAGUCUAUUGCGCCAUGAAUGAUACCAUGCUGGGACCUUGUCGUGGAAGCGGAUGGACACUAGUCAUGAAGAUUGACGGAAGAAAGCGAACCUUCCACUAUGAUUCCGAUCUUUGGAGCAACAUAGAAACUUUUAACCUGGAAGGAGGCGAGACUGGAUUUGACACAGAAGAGACCAAGGUACCGACCUACUGGACCACACCGUUCUCCAAGAUCUGUCUUGGCAUGAAGAUCCCUGGAGAGGAAACAACGAAUUUUAUCGUCAUAGACCAAACGGCAGACUCGCUGUACUCACUGAUCGCUGACGGGAAAUUCCGUUCCACAUCAGUGGGCCGUGACACCUGGAAAUCGCUGCUUGGUUCCCAAGGCUCCUUGCAACGGAACUGCAACAAAGAAGGUUUUAACAAUGUUGAUAAUUUAAACGCGCGUACUAUUAGGGUGAGAAUCGGGAUCCUUGGUAACAACGAAGACCAGUGCGCCUACUGUGACUCAAGAAUCGGGUUUGGCUCCGGAGGUCAUCCUGAUGACACCAACACGUGUGGCAUUGACGCGAAAUUCAACUCAGAUAACGGAGACAAGCACAUCAAGGCCAUGGGAUAUAUCUUGAUUCAGUGAGACCCGCAUGCAACUUAUAUUUCCUGUUUAUGUUCAUUUAUUUUUUAAAUCAUUAUUUGUGUUUUUUAUUGUCAUGAAGCCGUU